UCGAGUGUUAGUGUGUGAACCCUUCUUCGCAAGAACAACUUCGCACUCAGAGAUAAAAUUAAACCCACUAUUUAUUGGGGUUUCCAUCAACAGCCUCUCUCUUUCUCUCUCUACCUAUACGUACAGCACACAGCGUGCGUACAUAAUUAUAUAUCUAUCGCUUUGUACAGUGCAAGACCCGCCGGAUGUGCAAGCGUGCGCUGUGGUUUUUGUUUUGCUGCAGUUGACGGAAUAAAUGGCGAGUAUACGAUCGAGCUUGCCGUCGAGGCUUCGGCAGCUCCUCUCUAGUGAAGGGGCAAUCGGCCCCUCCGUUAAACACGACGCAGAGCCUCCUCCAAGAAUAAAGGCUUUUGUCGACAAGGUGAUUCAGUGCCCAUUACAGGAUAUAGCGAUACCUCUUUCUGGUUUUCGCUGGGAGUAUGGCAAGGGAAAUUUCCACCAUUGGGGGCCUCUAUUUCUGCACUUUGAAACGUAUUUCAAGACCUACUUAUCUCAUAGAAAUGACCUUCUUUUGUCAGAUGACAUCUUAGGGGAUGUCAGCCCAUUUCCCAAACAAGCAGUUUUGCAAAUUUUGAGAGUUAUGCAGAUCAUCCUAGAAAAUUGCCACACCAAGAGUUCAUUCAGUGUUAUAGAGCAUUUCAAGCUUUUGCUUGCUUCAACAGAUCCUGAAAUUAUCACCGCAGCUCUUGAGACUCUUUCUGCACUUGUGAAAAUAUCACCUUCAAAGCUGCAUGUCAGUGGAAAGCUGGUAGGGUGUGGGUCAGUGAAUGCUUGUCUUUUAUCCCUUGCGCAAGGCUGGGGUAGCAAAGAAGAAGGUCUAGGUUUGUAUUCAUGUGUCACAUUACAUGAGAGGACCCAGGAGGAUGGGCUAUGCCUGUUCCCACUGGAGACACAAAAUGACAGCGACAAGUUGCAGAAUCGCGUGGGAUCAACACUUGACUUUGAGUUGCGCAGUACUUCUCCAAGUGAUGUUGAAGCUAGUGAUAGUACAAAUUCAUCUGGAGUGCGUGUAAUUCAGAUCCCUGAUAAUCAAUUACAAGAACAGGAUGACUUGUCACUUAUGAAGUUUUGUAUUGAGCAUUAUAAUGUGCCUUCAGAUCUUAGGUUUCCAUUAUUAACCAGAAUUCGGUAUGCUCGUGCACUCUGUUCCUCCAGAAUAUGCAGGCUUUACAGCAAGAUUUGCCUACUAUCUUUUAUUGUGCUUGUACAGUCUAGUGAUUCACAUGAUGAGCUAGUUUCAUUUUUUGCUAAUGAGCCAGAAUACACAAAUGAAUUGAUUAGAAUUGUGAGAUCUGAAGAAAACAUAUCAGGAAACAUAAGAACACUUGCAAUGACUGCUUUGGGUGCACAGUUAGCUGCAUAUUCGGCAUCUCAUGAAAGGGCACGUAUAUUAAGUGGAUCAAGCAUCAGUUUUGCAGGUGGUAAUCGAAUGAUUCUCUUGAAUGUGCUGCAAAGAGCGAUUAUAUCAUUAAAUAAUUCUGUUGAUUUGUCAUCAGUUGCUUUCAUUGAAGCACUUCUGCAGUUCUACUUGCUUCAUGUCAUAUCUUCUUCAAGUUCUGGUAGUGUUGUUAGGGGUUCAGGGAUGGUACCGACCUUUUUACCCCUGCUAGAAGAUUCAGAUCCUUCUCGGUUGCAUCUUGUCUGUUUAGCCGCAAAAACUCUACAGAAGCUCAUGGACUACAGCAAUACAGCAGUCACCCUUUUCAGAGAUUUAGGAGGGGUGGAGCUUUUGGUUCAAAGAUUACAGAUCGAAGUACAUAGAGUGAUUGACUUCACUGGAUCAAGGGAUAGCUCUAUGGCAAUGGGUGAAUGUCCUAAAUAUAAUAUCGACCAGUUGUACAAUCAGAAGCGAUUGAUUAGGGCAUUGUUGAAAGCACUUGGUUCUGCCACUUAUGCGACGGCAAAUUCUGCGAGAUCACAGAAUUCUUACGAUGUUUCUUUAACUCCCAUCUUGUUGAUGCUUUUCAGUAACAAGGAAAAGUUUGGAGGUGACAUCUACUCCUCAGCUGUGACUCUUAUGAGUGAAAUGAUUCACAAAGAUCCAACAUGUUUUAAUGUUCUGUUUGACUUGGGCCUUCCAUCUGCAUUUCUAUCAUCCAUUGUGCUUGGAGUACUUCCUGCUUCAAAAGCCAUCACUUGUAUUCCGAAUGGUCUUGGUGCUAUUUGCCUCAACUCCAAGGGUCUGGAGGCUGUAAGAGAAACUUCUGCUUUACACUUCCUUGUUGACAUUUUCACUGACAAAAAGUAUGUGAUGGCCAUGAGCGAAGGCAUUAUUCCAUUAGCAAAUGCUUUGGAAGAGCUAUUCCGGCAUGUGUCUUCACUGAGAGGAUAUGGUGUUGAUCUGAUGAUUGAAAUAAUUGAUAAGAUCGCAUUGCUUGGGGACACCAAGUGCUCUGGAUCGUCAGAAAAACUUGAUGGUAGCGAGGCAAUGGAUAUGGACUCUAUUGAAUCCGAUGACAAGGAAAACAUAGGGGAUUCUGUGGCAGAUGGGCCUGUUCAAGGUAUCAGUGAUGAACAAUGUAUUCAGCUGUCCAUCUUUCAUGUAAUUGUUCUAGUUCACAGGACAAUGGAAAAUUCAGAAACAUGCCGUCUAUUUGUGGAGAAGUCUGGUAUCGAAUCUUUAUUGAAACUUCUUUUACGCCCAAGUAUAACUCAAUCAUCUGAGGGGAUGUCAAUAGCUUUACACAGCACGAUGGUAUUCAAGUGUUUUACACAACAUCAUUCCACUCCUCUGGCUCGUGCUAUUUGCUCUUCACUUCGUGAGCAUUUGAAAGAAACUGUGUCUAGGACUAGUGCUAUCUCUGGAUCUUUUUUACUGGAUCCUAGGGCCAGCCCAGACCCUCUGAUAUUUUCUUCCCUCUCGCUUGUGGAGUUCCUCUUAUUUCUUGCUGCCUCAAAGGACAAUCGUUGGGUAACAGCAAUGCUUACUGAGUUCGGUAAUGGAAGCAAAGAUGUCCUGGAAGAUAUUGGUCGAAUUCAUCGUGAAGUUUUAUGGCAAAUUUCGUUGCUUGAAGACACAAAGGCCGAAGCGGAGGACCAACUCACUGGUACCGUUAAUGCCUCUCGGCAGUCCGAGUUGGGCAUGAAUGAUGCCGAAGACCCAAGGUUGAACUCGUUCAGGCAAUUCCUUGAUCCUUUACUGAGAAGGAGGACUUCUGGUUGGAGCUUUGAGUCCCAGUUUUUUGACCUCAUAAAUCUCUAUCGUGACCUUACUCGUUCCUCAAGUCUUCACCAACGACAGAGUGUCGAUGCACCUUCUUCCUCACAGGUUGCAGCGAAUCAGGAAGAUGAAUCUGGUUCUUCUGGUUCAUACCAUCAGUCUUGUUGUGAUAUGGUAUCAUCACUAUCCAUUCACAUAACCCAUUUGUUUCAAGAGUUGGGGAAGGUCAUGCUGCUUCCAUCUCGCCGGAGGGACGAUACACUCACUGUAUCUCCUCCCUCAAAAUCAGUGGCAUCUACCUUUGCGUCUAUAGCUAUGGAUCACAUGAAUUUUGGUGGGCAUAUUAGUCCUUCUGGAUCUGAGGAUUUGGUUACAACUAAAUGCCGGUACUACGGCAAGGUUGUUGAGUUCAUUGAUAGUAUUCUUUUGGACAAGCCUGACUCAUGCAAUCCUGUCAUAUUGAAUUGUUUAUAUGGACGUGGAGUUAUUCGAACAGUCUUGACUACAUUUGAGGCUACCAGUCAGUUGCCUUUUGCCUUUAGUAAGGCUCCUGCAUCUCCUAUGGAGACUGAUGAAGGGAAGCAAAAUGAUGUUGAAAAAGCUGAUCAGCUGUGGACUUAUGGACCCUCAGCUAGCUAUGGAAAGCUUUUGGACCACUUGGCGACUUCGUCCUACGUACUAUCACCUUUCAAUAAACAUUUACUUACACAGCCUCUAGUGCCUGGGGACAUUCCAUUUCCCCGUGAUGCAGAAACAUUUGUCAAAGUUCUUCAGUCCAUGGUAUUGAAGGCUGUGCUUCCUGUUUGGACGCACCCUCGGUUCCAUGAAUGUAAUUAUGAGUUCAUCACGACAGUUGUCAACAUUUUUAAGCAUGUAUUCUCUGGAGUGGAAGUCAAAAGUGUUGGUGCUAAUGUGGGUCGUACUGGUCCACCCCCUACUGAAACAACUAUUUCAACAAUAGUGGAGAUGGGGUUCACAAGGUCUCAGGCAGAAGAGGCUCUGAGACAGGUUGGUUCAAAUAGUGUGGAGCUUGCCAUGGAAUGGUUGUUUUCACAUCCCGAGGAACCUCAAGAAGAGGACGAGCUUGCUCAAGCACUAGCAAUGUCUCUUGGAAAUUCUACGACAGAGACAAAAGAAGAGGACACAACUGAGGAUACUCAGAAUGUUGAAGAGGAAUUGGUGCAACUCCCACCAGUUGAUGAGCUGCUGUUGACAUGCAAGGUACUUCUGCAAAUGAAGGAGACCUUAGCUUUCCCUGUUAGGGAUCUCCUUGUCAUGAUUUGCUCACAAAAUGAAGGCCAAGAAAGACCAAGAGUCAUUUCCUUUAUCAUUGAACAAGUGAAGCUUUGUGGUGACAUCUCUGAUAGUGGGAAUCAGAAAAUGCUCUCUGCCUUCUUUCAUGUUCUUGCUUUAAUUCUCAAUGAAGACUCAGCAGCCCGAGAAUUAGCGUCCAAGAGUGGUCUGGUUAAAGUUGCAUCUGAUCUUCUCCAGCUAUGGAUUCAUUCAAAUGAGCAGGAUGCAUCUCAAGUCCCAAAAUGGGUAACUUCAGCUUUUAUUGCUGUCGACCGUCUUGCCCAAGUGGAUGCAAAGUUAAAUGCUGAUGUGAUAGAACUUUUGAAGAAGAAUGAUACAGACAACCAAACGUCUAUUGUCAUAGAGGAAGAAAAGCAGAAUAAAUUGUCUUUGGGGUCACCCUUGAAGUAUUUAGAUACAAUGGAACAAAAGAGACUAAUUGAAAUAGGAUGUGGCUGCAUCAGAAAGCAAUUACCUUCUGAAACAAUGCAUGCUGUUCUGCAGCUCUCUUCUACCCUGACAAGAACUCAUUCAGUUGCUGUUAGUUUCUUGGACUCUGGAGGUCUACAAUUACUUCUUUCCUUGCCUGCGAGUAGUUUGUUUGUUGGCUUUGACAAUGUUGCAGCUAUUAUAAUUCGCCACAUCCUUGAAGAUUCUCAAACCCUACAGCAAGCAAUGGAGUCUGAGAUACGACAUAGUUUCAUAACUUUUGCUAACAGACAGUCUAGUGGAAGGCUUACUCCGCGAAAUUUUCUGUCAAAUUUAAGUUCUGUUCUUCAACGGGAUCCAGUAAUUUUUCUGCAAGCUGCUAAAGCCGUCUGCCAGGUUGAGAUGGUUGGUGAGAGGCCAUAUAUGGUAUUGAUAAAAGAUCGGGAGAAGGAUAGAAAAGAUAAAGAGAAACACAAAACAGAGGAAAAGGAGAAACAAACGAAUGAUGGUAAGGUAAGCACUGCCACCACAAUGCCAGCAGCUGUUGGUAGUGGGCAUGGGAAGCUUCCUGAUACGAAUUCCAAGAACUCUAAGAUACAGAAGAAACCUCCUCAGAGUUUUGUCACUGUCAUUGAUACUCUGUUGGAUUCAGUAUUAGCUUUCACUCCUUCUCUGGAAGAUGAAUCUGUUAACAAAGUGGGAUCAGCAUCGACAGAUAUGGAAAUUGAUGUUUCUGCAAGCAACAGCAAAGGAAAAUCUGUUGCUUCUGUGUCUGAAUUAAAUGUAGCUAGCCAUCAAGAAUCCUCUGUUUCAUUGGCUAAGGUGGUUUUUAUAUUGAAGCUCUUGACAGAGAUUCUUUUAAUGUAUUCUUCAUCUGUUCAUAUCCUUGUACGAAAAGAUGCCGAAGUUUGCAGCUACAGGGGAACUCCUCAAAAGGGUGUAAAUGCUUGCUUAACGGGUGGGAUCUUCCACCAUGUUCUUCACAAAUUUCUACCCUUUUCUAAAAAUCAGAGAAAGGAGAAGAAAACUGAAAUUGACUGGCAUCAUAAACUGGCUAGUAAAGCCAACCAUUUUCUUGUUGCAUCAGGUGUUCGCUCAACUGAAGCAAGGAAAAGAAUCUUCACAGAGAUCAGUUAUGUUUUUAACGAAUUUGUUGAUUCAUGUAAUGGUUUUAGGGCCCCAAAGUCUGAUAUUCAGGCCCUCACUGAUCUGCUCAAUGAUAUGUUGGCUGCUCGGAUACCUUCAGGUUCAUACAUUUCAGCAGAAGCUUCUGUUACUUUUAUAGAGGCAGGUCUUGUUCAGUCACUCACCAGAACACUGCGCGUGUUAGACUUGGAUCAUACAGAUUCACCUAAGGUUGUUACUGGAAUUGUGAAAGUUUUGGAGUCAGUAAGCAAAGAACAUGUCCAUGCUUUUGAGUCUACUAGUGCUAGAGGAGACCGGUUGAAAUCUACUGAUCCUAACCAAGCUAGGGAUGGAAAUGGUGCUAGCUCACAGGCUGUUGAUGCUACGGCCGAUGCUAAUGAAAACUCAAUGCCAACAGAUGAGAGAGAGUUGUUCCAGAGUGUUCAGAACUAUGGUGGUUCGGAGGCUGUCACUGAUGAUAUGGAGCAUGACCAGGAUAUUCAUGGUGGCUUUGCUGCUGCAGAUGAUGAUUACAUGCAGGAAAAUGCUGAGGGGACACAGAAUCUUGAUGAGACUGUGGGGAUAAGAUUUGAAAUUCGCUCUGGUAUACAAGGUAAUCUUGAUGAAGACGAGGAUGAUGAAGACGAUGAGAUAUCUGGAGAUGAAGGCGACGAAGUAGAUGAGGAUGAAGAUGAAGAUGCUGAUGAUGAUCACAACGAUAUAGAAGAAGAUGAAGCUCAUCACCUACCACACCCAGAUACGGAUCAAGAUGACCAUGAAAUUGAUGAAGAUGAGUUUGAUGAAGAGGUGAUGGAUGAGGAUGAAGAUGAAGAGGAGGAUGAAGAUGGUGUUAUAGUGCGUUUAGGGGAGGGAAUGAAUGGAGUAAAUGUAUUUGACCACAUAGAGGUUUUUGGCAGAGAUAGUAUUGCCAAUGAAACUUUUCAUGUUAUGCCAGUUGAAAUAUUUGGCUCCAGGCGUCAAGGUCGAACCACAUCCAUCUAUAAUUUGUUAGGAAGAAAUGGUGAUACCAAUGUCCCUUCGCAGCAUCCACUUCUAGUGGAACCACAUUCUUCAACAUCUACAGGUCCUCCUAGACUGUCAGAGAAUGACCGUGAUGCUUACUCAGAUAGAAAUGCUGAGGGUUCUUUGUCGCGUCUGGACUCCAUUUUCCGCUCACUCCGCAAUGGGCGUCAAGGACACCGGUUUAAUUUAUUGUCGAAUGAGGGCCAGUUAAGUGGUGGGUCAGGCUCAUCAGUUAUUCCCCAAGGUCUUGAAGAAGUACUUGUAUCCAGACUGAGGCGUCCCUCCUCUGAAAAGUCUUCUAAUAACACUACAGCUGUUGAAUCUCAAAAUAAAAAUGAAGAGAGUCCAUCCUCUGAAUUUGCUGAGACGACUGCUGAAAAUCAAGGUAAUGAUGGUGGUAGUAAUACCCCUCCUUCCUCGGUGAUAUUGGACAGUACUAGAAGUGCCGAUAAUGUACCUGCUACAAACCAGCUAAAUCAGGGAACAGAAACAUCAAGUAGACAACCUCAGUUGGUUGAAGCUCAAUAUGACCAUACUGAUGUACUACGUGAUGUCGAAGCAGUGAGCCAAGAGAGUGGUGGAAGUGGGGCAACUUUAGGUGAGAGCUUACGGAGUCUAGACGUUGAGAUUGGAAGUGCCGAUGGCCAUGAUGAUGGUGGUGACAGACAAGCUGGUGGUGAUGCUCGACUGAGGAGAGGUGCUCCAUUGUUUACUAAUAAUAAUGCAUCAAUAGGUGGGAGAGAUGCAUCUCUCCACAGUGUCAGUGAAGUUUCAGAAGAUCUAGUUCGGGAAGCUGAUCAAACUGGUCCUUCUCAGGAGGAGCAACAUAAUCGGGAUGCUGAAUCCAUUGAUCCUGCUUUUCUUGAUGCACUCCCUGAGGAGUUGCGUGCUGAGGUUCUUUCUGCUCAACCAAGUGAAGCUACGCAGGUGCAAAAUCCAGAGCCACAAAAUAAUGGGGAUAUAGAUCCAGAAUUUCUUGCAGCACUGCCUCCUGAUAUCCGUCAAGAAGUUCUGGCACAACAAAGGGCACAAAGGCUGCAUCAAUCCCAAGAAUUGGAAGGACAGCCUGUUGAGAUGGACACAGUCUCAAUAAUUGCAACUUUUCCUUCAGACAUACGGGAAGAGGUUCUCCUAACCUCGUCUGAUGCUAUUCUUGCAAAUUUGACACCUGCUCUUGUUGCUGAAGCAAAUAUGUUACGAGAAAGGUUUGCACGCAGAUAUAAUCAAAAUUUAUUUGGAUUACAUCCACGAAAUCGUCGGGGCGAGUCCUCUAGGCGAGGUGAUGGCUUGGAUAGAGUUGGUGGUGCACAUACUCGUCGGUCUACGGGUGUUAAGCCAGUUGAAGCAGUUGGGUCCCCUUUAGUUGACACAGAAGGUUUGAAAGCUUUGAUCCGGUUGCUUCGAGUUGUUCAGCCGCUUUACAAGAGUCAGCAGAGACUCCUCCUAAAUCUUUGUGCUAAUGCUGAUACUAGAAUUGAUUUGCUAAAAAUUUUAAUGGACUUGCUGAUGCUGGACAAAAAGAAAUAUCAAACCGAUCUAAGUGCUGUGGAACCCCCUUAUAGGCUGUAUGCAUGCCAGAGUCAUGUGAUGUAUUCUCGCCCUCAAUAUGUUGAUGGUGUGCCACCUUUGGUGUCUCGGCGAGCUUUGGAGACCCUUACCUACCUAGCUCGUAAUCAUCCUUUGGCUGCCAAGCUAUUGCUUGAGUUCAGAUUGCCACAGUUUAAGAAGUCAUCAAGCUCUGAUGAAGAACGGGGAAAAUCUGUUAUGCUUCUUGAUGAAGAGAAGGAAUACCCGGAAGGGCAGGCAUCCUUUACAUUGCUUCUUAGCCUUUUAAACCAGUCACUUUAUUUAAGAAGUGUUGCUCACCUGGAGCAGCUCCUAAAUCUGUUGGAUGUUGUUAUUGACUAUGGUGAGAGGAAAUCAAAUCCAUCUAACGAGGCAGGUUCAUCUGCACCUGAGCAGCUGUCUGACCCUCAGAUUUCUACACCAGCUGUUGAUAUUAAUGUAGGCUCUUCUAUGGCUUCAGGAGAGGGUAACUCUUCGAUGCAAGCAACAUCUCCAGAGGCUGAUAGCGAGCAAAUCGCUGAAACUGUUCUGAACAAUUUGCCUAAUCCAGAACUUCAGCUACUAUGCUCACUGCUAGCACGUGAAGGCCUAUCAGAUAAUGCAUACACACUCGUGGCGGAUGUUUUAAGAAAGCUGGUGGCUAUUGCUCCUAUUCAUUGUCAUCUCUUUAUCAAUGAGCUUGCUGGUUCAGUUCAAAGCCUUACCCAUUCAGCUAUAGAAGAGUUGCACUUAUUUGGGGACAUAGAGAAAGCACUUCUUAACACUACUACUCAUGGGGCUCCAGUUCUCAGGGUUUUGCAGGCACUGAGCUCUUUAGUAGUUUUGCUUCGUGAAAAGGACAAAAAGCAUCAGACUACCCCUGAUACUGAGCAUAAUACUGCUAUUUCUCUAGUUCGGGAUAUUAAUACUGCUCUUGAGCCUCUGUGGCAGGAGCUGAGCAGUUGCAUCAGCAAAAUAGAGAACUAUUCGGAUGUAGCACCUGAUUUGUCCCCUUCUGCUGUUAAACCAUCCAGUUCAGUGCCUCCACUUCCAGCAGGUACCCAGAACGUAUUGCCAUACAUUGAAUCUUUCUUCGUUGUAUGCGAGAAGUUGCACCCUGGCCAGUCAGGUGCAGGCAAUGAUUUUGGAAUUGCUUCUGUUCCUGAUGUUGACGAAGCUGCUGCAUCUGCUAGUCAACAGAAGACUGUAGGAUCUUCUUUAAAUGUGGAUGAUAAACGUGUUGCUUUCUUAAGGUUUUCAGAAAAGCACAGAAAGCUUCUGAAUGCCUUUAUCAGGCAAAAUCCUGGAUUACUAGAAAAGUCAUUUUCACUCAUGCUGAAGGUUCCUCGGUUUAUUGAUUUCGAUAAUAAAAGGGCUCACUUCAGGUCCAAGAUCAAGCAUCAACAUGAUCAUCACCACAGUCCUCUCAGAAUAUCUGUUAGAAGAGCUUACAUUCUUGAAGAUUCAUACAAUCAGCUGCGUAUGAGAUCAGCACAAGAUCUGAAAGGUAGAUUGACUGUUAAUUUCCAAGGGGAGGAAGGGAUUGAUGCUGGUGGCCUUACAAGGGAAUGGUAUCAGUUGCUAUCCAGAGUAAUCUUUGACAAGGGGGCGUUACUAUUUACAACAGUAGGGAAUGAGUCCACAUUUCAGCCGAACCCCAACUCUGCUUACCAAACAGAGCAUCUUUCUUACUUCAAGUUUGUUGGACGAGUUGUGGGGAAAGCACUAUUUGAUGGGCAGCUCCUUGAUGUCCACUUCACUCGGUCAUUUUACAAGCACAUUCUUGGGGUUAAAGUUACAUAUCAUGACAUUGAAGCUAUUGAUCCAGAUUAUUUUAAGAACUUAAAAUGGAUGCUUGAGAAUGAUAUUAGUGAUAUUCCAGACUUAACAUUUAGCAUUGAUGCUGAUGAGGAGAAGAUGAUUCUGUACGAGCCUACUCAAGUAACUGACUAUGAACUGAUCCCUGGUGGUCGAAAUAUCAGAGUAACUGAGGAAAACAAGCACCAGUAUGUUGAUUUAGUUGCUGAGCAUCGAUUGACGACUGCUAUUCGUCCUCAGAUUAAUGCAUUUAUGGAAGGUUUCAAUGAGUUAAUACUUCGUGAUUUAAUAUCGAUUUUCCAUGACAAGGAAUUGGAACUCCUGAUAAGUGGGCUGCCAGACAUUGACUUGGAUGAUCUGAGGGCAAACACGGAGUACUCUGGUUACACUGCUGCUUCCCCUGCCAUUCAAUGGUUCUGGGAGGUUGUUCAAGAAUUAAGUAAGGAGGAUAAGGCUCGCCUGCUACAAUUUGUGACUGGAACCUCGAAGGUGCCGUUGGAAGGAUUCAGUGCACUGCAAGGAAUUUCAGGAUCUCAAAAAUUCCAGAUUCACAAGGCAUACGGCAGUCCUGAUCACUUGCCUUCUGCUCAUACAUGUUUCAACCAGUUGGAUCUACCAGAAUACCCCUCUAAACAGCAUUUGGAGGAAAGACUACUGCUUGCAAUUCAUGAAGGCAACGAAGGGUUUGGAUUCGGUUAAGUUGGUGCUGAGGCCAAGCCGACGCUAUUGUAUAGAACAUAUUAAUUCUUAAGAUUACUUAGAAAGCUGUUUUGGGAUAAAAUGAAAUGUGGAUAUAAUGUACAGUGCUAUAUUGCUUUUUUCCCAACCUUUUUGGCAAGUUUUCCAAUCCAGUUUUUUUCAAUUAUUGUCAA